CUGUCUUGGCCAUACACAAAAUCGCAUCUCUCUUGCACUCGCGCACGGAGACACUCUGCAACCUGAAUAUUCCUCCCACAAAAUCUGCACACAACUCUCUCUCUCUCUCUCUCUGUGACACUUGAUUCACUCUCGGCUCAAGAUUAUUACAUCGAAACAAGAUAAAAGCAGUUUUUGAGAGGCCAAAACACAAGAAUCUCUCUGCUCUUAUGAUUUUGCAAAUUUCAUUUGCGCGUGGAUCGGGGAUUCAUUCCGAAGGCAAAUAGAAGCGAGAUCAUAACGACGACAAAAAGAACCGAUUUUAAUUAGGGCUUUGUUGGGGAUUGCAGACAUGAGGUUGAACGGAGAAAUCUCUCACCGAGACAGAGAAGGAGAAGGAGAAGGGGAGGAGGAAGCAGAGAACGAAGUAGGUUCGUCGCAGGAAAUUGUGGUCGGGUACGCCUUGACGUCCAAGAAGAAGAGUUAAAGUUUCUUAGCUUUGCAAGUUGUCAGGAAAAGAGUGGCGUGAGGUUAUUGAGAGUUCUUGCUCUCCUCAUAAUGAAUCAUGAUCAGAGAGUUGAAAUCAGUCCCUCAAGUAUUGGAACAAGAAUACAGUGAAAAACAUCCUGAAGUAACCAUCCUUGAUCCUCCUGAUGCAAUUCAACAUUUACAAAACCGGCAAUCCAUGCUACAAGAUGUGGCAGAUCUAAACUUAUCUGAUUGCUAUGGCAAGGUUGGAGUUCCCCGGGAAUUGUUUGUAACAAAAAAUCCAUCUACUAUCCCUUAUGAAAUCACUAAGGCUGGGAUGAAGUUACCAUUAGUUGCUAAACCACUAGUUGUGGAUGGGACUGCAAAGUCACAUGAACUGUUUCUUGCAUAUGAUGAAUUCUCUCUUUCAGAGCUUGAGCCACCACUUGUUCUGCAAGAGUUUGUCAAUCAUGGUGGACUUCUCUUCAAGAUUUAUAUUGUUGGGGAAACCAUUAAGGUUGUGAGGCGUUUUUCUCUGCCUAAUAUCAGUGAACAUGAGCUAUCUAAAGUGGAUGGUUUAUUCCGAUUUCCAAGAGUUUCGUGUGCAGCCGCGUCUGCUGAUGAAGCUGAUCUUGAUCCUACUAUUGCUGAGCAUCCACCAAGAUCUUUAUUAGAGAGGCUUGCAGGGGAGCUUUGACGUCGUUUGGGACUCCACUUGUUCAACAUAGAUAUGAUACGGGAAUAUGGGACGAAGAAUGUGUUUUAUGUCAUUGAUAUCAAUUACUUUCCUGGAUAUGGAAAAAUGCCAGACUAUGAGCACGUAUUUACAGACUUCCUACUAAGCUUAGUUCAGAACAAGUUUAAGAAGAGACCUGACACCUGAGGAAUGACUGUUCUAUCCUUGCCAAUUGCAUUCUGCUUUUAACGUGUUUAUUUACGAACAAUCAAUCCUAUAUACAUUAACACUUAAUCCUCGUGAAAAAUGUUCUAAUAGGGGUAUCAUAAUCUUGCCCCGCUAAUCUCUCUCUCUCUCUCUCUCCAGGCUUCACCAAUAAGCUUUCUCUCGUAUAUAACAUUGUGAUUAGUGUUAUUCGGGUUCGUAAAUUGUUUAAUUCAUGUUAUUUGCCUUUCAAACC